CCACUAUCAAUGCUAUUACAGGUUUCUCAGUCACUCACUUUUCCACCACGUAACAUAUUCAAGUUUGAGAGUGUUAUAUGGAAACAUGAUAACAUACUGAUUUAAUAAUAAAUCUCUACGUGUAUUUUUUUGUUCUGUAAAAGCUCUUGUUUAAGUAUUACUGAUAUCUGUAAAAUUAUAAUAUGACGGUUGGAACCGUAUAUUAAAGUUUGUUUUAGUCACUUGCUUUAAAAUAACCACGCUUUAUAGUUCUCACUUCGUCUUCCUAAACUCGUGGCGAUGGCUUCAACAAACGGCAGUACGGAGAUAUCUCAGGCUGAUAAGAAUGUAGAAAUGUGGCGGAUCAAAAAGUUGAUCAAAAGUUUGGAGUCUGCUAGAGGUAAUGGGACGAGUAUGAUUUCGCUCAUCAUUCCUCCAAAGGAUCAGAUUACUAGGAUAGCGAAAUUGUUAGCCGAGGAGUAUGGGACAGCAUCUAAUAUUAAAAGCCGUGUGAAUCGCUUAUCCGUCCUGAGUGCGAUAACCUCUGUACAACAACGUCUGAAGUUAUACACUAGAGUUCCUACCAAUGGCCUUGUUGUAUAUUGUGGGACAAUAGUCACUGAGGAUGGUAAAGAGAAAAAGGUCAACAUCGAUUUCGAGCCAUUUAGACCAGUAAACACGUCUUUAUAUCUUUGCGACAACAAGUUCCAUACAGAGGCCUUAGUAGCGCUGCUAGCAGAUGACAGCAAGUUCGGAUUUAUUGUCGUUGAUGGUAAUGGGGCUUUAUUUGGGACAUUAUCGGGAAACACUCGCGAGGUUCUGCACAAAUUUACGGUAGAAUUGCCGAAAAAACAUGGUCGCGGAGGUCAAUCUGCACUUCGUUUCGCACGUUUGCGGAUGGAAAAGCGGCACAACUAUGUUCGCAAAGUAGCCGAGACAGCAACGCAACUUUUUAUAACAAACGAUCGACCGAAUAUCGAAGGUCUCAUCCUUGCGGGGAUUGCUGACUUCAAGAGUGACUUAGGACAAUCUGAUAUGUUUGAUCAAAGGCUUCAAGCAAAGUUGAUUAAAAUAGUAGAUAUAUCAUAUGGUGGUGAAACAGGAUUUAACCAAGCUAUCGAACUGGCCACAGAUACACUUUCUGGCGUAAAGUUCAUUCAGGAAAAAAAACUGAUUCAAAGAUACUUUGACGAGAUAUCUCAAGAUAGUGGAAAGUACUGUUUUGGCGUUGAGGACACCUUGAAGUCCCUAGAGAUGGGUGCUGUGGAGACCCUCGUGGUGUGGGAGAACCUUAGUGUAAACCGCUACGUCCUCAAAGUCCCGAAUUCUGAAGGAAACAGAGUUAUACACUUGCGUCCUGACCAGGAAACGGACCGACGACAUUUCAUUGACCCGGCGACAGGAUCUGAUUUGGAAAUUCUAGAUACUCAGCUUCUUCUAGACUGGCUCGCCCUAAACUACAGAUCUUUUGGGACGACUUUAGAAAUUGUCACUGACAAGUCUCAAGAAGGUGCUCAGUUUGUUCGCGGCUUUGGUGGGAUAGGUGGUAAGUCUUUGUUAAAUUCAACCGUUACACAUCCUAUAAACGUUUCGGUCAAUUAUGUAUAAGGUUCUCAAAUAGAUCUGUAUAUUGCUUACUGGGAAUGUCAAGGCAACUUUCGUCAUACGCAAACUGGUUAAUGGACUCGGCACCUUAAUAUGUGUUAUCAUAUCAAGUUUUCUGCCCUCCAUAAAUCGCUAUCCUAGUAGGCAUGUACUGCGUAUUUUUCGUUGGUAAAUGCCCUGAGUGAGACGGCAGUUUGAGAGGUAUUGAGGUGUCGAAGCCGCAGUCUCUUGGUUUCUGUACUGUUCACUAAAGAACGUAGUUUCCAGUCGUUAAAUUAUGUUCAAUGGACUACUGGGAUAACUUGCACUAAGAAAGGGAAUGAUGAAUACUAAACACCAUUGAAAUUGAAAAGUUAAGAAUGGAUGAUAUAGCUGUAGCAUAUAGAUCUUCACGCCGAGCCAAUAACCUUCGGGAUCAAGUACUCGAAGAACUGGUAUCUACACAUUCAAUUGAUACAUACAACACUAGGCACUGCGGCUUACCAAAAAUGACUAAUAUAGAUCCAUCAGACUUCUGCUCUCAGUACAUCUGAGUUGUCGUAUCAGUAUACACCUGUCUUUGAUUGACCUGCUUCUGAGCUAACCUAGACUUCUGAUGUAUCAAUUUCGUUGAUUGAAACAUCUUUGUCUAGCGCGCUUUGGUAUUACGCAUCUGUGGAGGUAAUCGACAGGCAGUAGCAAAUUAUCUAUUUUCAGGGGUAUAACAAUUGGAUGCAUUUAUCUUAGUUGAGGUGCAUACCCUGCAAAGUAUAAAUAAACUUCACUGAUGAAAUAAUAUGCACAAGGAGAAUGUAGAAGGGUCCUGAGUUUUUCUCAUGUUUAGUAUUCUACGCUACCAACUCGAUUUUAAUCAUUUGGCGGGUGGAGAUGUUGAUUUUGAGGAUGACUUCAAUCUUGAUGAUUACUGACAAACCAGUCCAACCUGCGGUUGGCGCAGGUUUCCGUACGGCCGUUCUCCAUGGUUUGAACACAGGUUUCUAAGGAUUAUUCCCAAGGAUGAUUUUUGCAGAAUUGAAAAACAGGCUUUUGAAGAGUUCAAUUUAAUUUCGGUUGUGAUACUAAAUAAUUUUCUUAGUUGUUGAAUGUAGUUUUUAAUGUCCUUGUGCUUAGUUUCAAUAUGGGAGUCGACUUUCAAUUCUGCGAGAUGGCUGUAAGCACUGGUUAGAAUCUUUCGACUUCACAUGAGCACCUAAAAAUGUUAGUUAAGUAAUAUAAAACCGACAAAAUUCACCACUUCACUGCUUCAAAUAACAUAUCUACUUCAUAUGGAACUGCUCCUUAUACUACCUCGAAAUUUACGCCCCCUAAGUUAGCCUUAUGAUACAUUGUCGUGUUUGAUGGAACUAGUUUUCUUAAACUUAUUUGUGCGUUUGCACUGCUGGCUUUUAUAUCAAUACUACCAAGCGAUGUAUCGUUCUAUUAAGCUUUGCCUGAAUUCAAGUAGUUUUCUCUGGACACUGACUGCGAGAGUACGUUUUGAACUUCUGUCGCAAUCAAAUUAAUCCGAGCUCAUGACGAACUAUCAUCUGCUUUCGCAACAUCAAGUUGUGUCCGACAAGGUUGUCCACUAUCUCCGUUUCUGUUCGUUUUCAUCAUAGACAUACUGCUGAA